CGUUCAUCAACAGCCAAAUCUUUCACAAUGGCCGGCGCCAAGAAGUCGACCAAGAAGUUCGAGAAGAAGCAUCUUAAAGAUAUUCUCGAGCGACGCAAGGCUUCGGCCAAGGUCAAGCAACGUCACCACCUACACGACAAGCGCAAGGCUCAAAAUGCCCGCCGCGAUGCCGAAGAUGUCGAGGAGCCUGACACCGAGGAGGUCAAGAAGAAGAAUGCCUUUGCAGAGAUGAAUGUCGAUGACUUUUUCUCUGGUGGCUUUGAAAUUGCCGACGCCGCCGACGGCAAGAAAAAGGCUGGCAAGAAGGACGUUACUCCCAAGAUCGGAAAGCGCAAGCGCUCAACCAACCAGGAGCAGGAAGAGGAGGCCAGCGAAGACGGUGCUGCCAGCGACAACGACGGAGAACAUUCGAGCGAUGCCGAUGAUUUCGAUGCGCACAAGGACCAGCUCGAGGCAUUGAAGGAAAAGGACCCCGAGUUCUACAAAUACCUGAAGGAGAACGACGCAGAACUACUCGAUUUCGGCGCCCAGGGCGAUCUCUCAGAGGUGGACGAAUUGAGCGAAGGAGAGGCUUCCGAGGAAGAGGGUCCGGCCAAAAAGAAGAAGAAGAAGGGCAAGAAGGGUGAAGAAGAGGAAGAACAGGUCAUUGACAAUACUCUGACUAUUCCCAUGGUCAAGAAGUGGCAGACUUUGAUGGAGGAGCAACAUUCGAUUCGGGCUAUGCGCCAGACCGUUCUGGCAUUCCGUGCCGCUGCCUCCGUUAACGAUGCUGAGGCUCCGGAGCAAAAGUACACCAUCUCCGAUCCUAAUGUCUACCACCAGGUUCUGGUCACGGCUUUGAAUGUCGUUCCCAAGGUCUUGGGCCACCACCUCCCAGUCAAGGAGACCGCCUCUGGCAAGAUCCGGGUCUCUCUGGACUCGAAGAAGUUCAAGACUCUGACGCCUCUCAUCAAAUCCUACACUUCCUCGGUUCACCAGCUCCUGGUCAACCUGUCUGAUGCCUCCACUCUGAAGUUGACUCUAUCGGCCAUGGAGCCCAUGCUCCCUUAUCUGCUCCAGUUCCGCAAGGUCCUGAAGACUCUGAUCAAGACCGUGGUCGGUAUCUGGGCUGACGUCUCUACCGCCGACGCCACUCGGAUCACUGCAUUCCUCUUGCUCCGCCGCCUCAUGGUUUUGGGUGACCCCGGCAUCAAGGAGACCGUGCUCAAGGCUACUUACGAGGGUGUGGUCAAGGGCAGCCGCAACACCACUGUGCACACCCUAGCUGGCGUGAACUUGAUGAAGAACUCUGCUGCUGAAAUCUGGGGUAUUGACCAGAACGUUGCCUACACGACGGGCUUCAGCUUCAUCCGGCAAUUGGCCAUGCAUCUGCGAAGCAGCAUCACCAACACCUCCAAGGAGUCAUACAAGACCAUCUACAACUGGCAAUACGUGCACUCUCUUGACUUCUGGUCGCGCGUUCUUUCCCAGCACUGCGACGGCCUCGUCGAGGCCCAAGCUGGCAAGCAAUCUGCUCUGCGCCCGCUCAUCUACCCCGUCGUUCAGAUCACCCUCGGCGCUAUGCGUCUCAUCCCCACGGCACAGUACUUCCCUCUCCGCUUCCAGUUGACCCGUGCUCUGCUGCGUGUCUCUCGUGCCACCGGCACCUACGUUCCGCUUGCCUCCUCGCUCAUCGAGGUCCUUACCUCUGGUGAGGAUGAGGAGGAGAUGGAGAGCGAGGAUGAGAUUGAGGAGGAAGAUGAAGAGGAGGAUGAGGAUGAGCUGGAGAUGGAGGACGAGUAGAGUCCUUCUUUCCCUGCUCUUCUGCUACGUUCUGUACAUUCCAUUUUAUAAAAGAAUCUCGGCGUUUAUUUGGCUUCGUAUGCAAUGCACGAAUUGAACAUCCUUCUACCAACCCCAGUCCACAACGUGGAGCAAAAAAUCAUAUCACCAACCCUCGCGUAAAAAGCAAAAGCAAAAGCAUAUCCCAAUCGAGACAACAAAGGGUAUAUCUAUCUCCAGCGAAUGCCAAUCACACGCUAAUGUUCCCAAGGUCAUAUCCACAUAAAGAUUAAGCAAAUCAAACCGAACCAGUCGGCAUCCAAUCCAACCCCCGAUUCCUAGUCCUCUCCCGCCUCAACGCAGCAUCCUCCUCCUCUGCCCACGCCAAAGACUCGGUAGGCAACAUAAUCGCCUUAUCAAUCGCAACGGGCAAACCCCGAUGCCGUCCCCUCAACGCCACAGCCGCGAGAAUCAAUUUACUAAUGGUAUGCCAAGCGCCACAGAAUGAAUAAUUCUUGCCCGGAUAUCCCACACUAACACCCACACAGCCGUACGCAGAGACAACCUCAAAAAUGAUGUUGAAAGUGCUAAAGGCCACGGGUUGAUUGUUGUAGUGGUCUGAUUCAGCGAUCGCGAUGAAGAGUACUGCUAGUGCGAUCCACCAGAUGUCGUGGCUGAGUUGGGAGCGGACUUGUUGGUGGACGAAGUAGCCGCGCGAGGACUCGGAGAGGCUGGGUCGGCCCAUGUGGUGGCGGACUAGGUCCAUGAGGACAUUGCUGCGGCUGGUGUUUGCGCGCAUCUCGGGAGUUUCGUCAUUGGCGUAGAUUCCGAGGGAGCGUUCUUCAUAGACGUUUG